UGAGUAAAGCCGCUAGCCGGGUCUUUUCAAAAAAAAACUUUGGCAAGGGCGCAUACACGCGCAAAUCAUGCUACAAACAUGUAGAUCAUGGUGGAUGAUCGGAUGGUAGAUCUACUCCCUGAUGAGUGAUGGUAGACGUCCUGUGCCGCUUCAUGGUUGCAGUCAGGAUUCAGGAAUCAAGAUUACUACGAGCGACUCGUACUGUAUAUUUUCCACGCCCUCCGCCUUGUCAGGCUUGUGUCUGUGCUGAGUACUCUUUUGUAGUACAACUCCCUGUUGUUUCGAAUUGACACGCGUGCACGCCGGCCUGGCCGGACAUUCUGGCAGGAUUGUACCAAGGUUCAACGCAGUAUUUCGAUUGCGAGUGCCUUCUUGUCAUGUCAAACGCGAAGCAGCCAGAGGACGUCCCACGUCUUCCAAUCAUUUUGAUUUGAGGUUGAAUCGGAAUUGAAGGAGAGGAAGAUACAGUGCGUGGACGUUUUGUAUGCAAGGUUACUGGUGAAGCAGUAUGGUAGAAGAUGACACCACAACCGAGAAGCCACCUGCCGAUGGCAAUCAUGUGCAGUUUACAGCAGGCAUUAGUAUUGAUGGCACUGACGACGACGGUGACAGCAGCAGCGGCAGCAGCAGCAACAGCGGAGCCAAGGAGGAGCACCGGCAUGCUGCUCAGCUCAAGUAUGUGUCCCUGCUGGCCGUCACGUUACAGACCACUGCGUUCGUACUGACCAUGCGCUACUCCAGGACCAGGAACACGAGCGGACCGCUCUACCUUGCAUCCACAGCAGUCGUCAUGAGUGAAGUACUGAAGGUCUUCAGCAGCCUGUCACUGCUCUGGCUGGAACAGUAUCGUAAUGACACUUCCAGUAGCUAUGGCCCCGUUGCAUUCCUGUCCAACUUACGCACCACACUGAUGAAGGAGCCCCGUGAAAUGCUGCACCUAGCAGUACCAGCCUUCUUGUAUACCUGCCAGAGUAACUUGAUCUUCCUUGCUCUUACCAAUCUGGAUGCAGCCACUUUCCAAAUCACUAAUCAGCUGAAGAUACUCACCACGGCUGUGUUCAGUGUUGUCAUGUUACAACGGCAGCUGAGCAUGCGCAAGUGGGUAGCACUCUGCCUGCUAACUGCUGGAGUGUCUAUAGUACAGUUGCCGUCAAGUUCAGUGGGAGGUGUUGCUGCUGCCAAACCAAGAGGCAAUGCUGUCAUCGGUCUGAUCGCUAGUCUACUGGCAUGCUGCUCUUCAGGUUUUGCCGGUGUCUACUUUGAGAAAAUUGUGAAGAGAACUGCACCAUCACUAUGGUUACGCAACUUCCAGCUUGCGAUGUUCAGUGUCAUACUGGGCUUGGUGGGUGUCAUUGGCAAAGAUUACAAUGCCGUCCUGCAGGGUGGAUUCUUCCAAGGCUACUCCAGUAUUGUGUGGAUCGCCAUUGCCCUGCAGGCUCUUGGAGGAAUGAUUGUGGCCGCAGUGAUCAAGUAUGCCGAUAACAUCCUGAAGAGCUUUGCAGUGUCAGCAUCGAUGAUACUCUCCACAAUCCUCUCUUAUCUCUUCCUGUGUGACCUAAGCCUUACAGCGUUCUUCGUGGCGGGGCUGGUGAUCGUGCUGUUUGCAACCGUGCUCUACAGCUACCCGGAUAAAGUGCAAGAACGCCAGCUACCCACACCCAAUGCGCAGCCAGCCAACGAUUCCCAGCAAGCGCCCGCCGUCAAAGUGGACACAGGAUGAAUAUACAGUCACUGUGUGCAGUCACUGUCACUGUGUGCAGUCACAGUCACUGUCACUGUGUGCAGUCACAGUCACUGUGUGCCGAUCCGCUGUAUGUUAUUCUAGGUGUUUUUACAUCUCAAUUGAAUUUUACUAGUCUUUCAAGUGCAACGUUUUCCCAGCCUCAUGAUGGCUCAGGCGUACUUAUCCUCCACUAACCACAGCCAGUCCACGGUGCCUGGCACCAUUACGUUCAUGGUGGGUUUAGCCAAAUAUCACUCUUUCCCUCAUUCCAGUCUGGAUGACCGGGGUUUGAGAAUAAAGCAAUGCUGUCUGCUCUAUUCUGUUCCCACCGUAUCAAACAGCUGUAACUUAUCGAUAUGACCAUGCGUGCUUCUGGCAUACAGGUAUACACUACACCACACCAGAUAUACAUCAAAGUGAAAUUCAUGUAUAGUUUCCACCAGGGCUAAACCUGGUUUCUCGCUUUCAACUGCCUGAACGCUGCACCCAGUUGACUAUUUCAGUUGUGACUUUAAACAUUUUUUAUUAAUUUAUAGUUUUAUACAAGUAGCUGUCAAGACGAACAUUGGCUGACAUACUGCAAUCUUGUCAAUGAUAUUGUGCAAGUAUUCCCCAUCACAGGGUAACCAGCAACCUGACCUUGUUGAUUUAUUUUAAUUUUAGUACGCAGUAAACAACGUGCAUUCUCUGGCGAUAGUGUCACUCUGCUAGCUGCUUAUGCUGUUGUCCCGUGUUUGUACUCAGUUUUAGCAGGCCAGGGUUUCAUACCAUUCACUAUAAUAAAUAAUAGAAAAGCUGACAGGUUCGCUUUUCUAAAUUCAGGGAUAGUCCAGGAGUGUGUGAAAGUU